AUGCGCUCCAGGAUGAGCCUGUUGGCCGGCACGGCCACCCUCUCGGUUGUACAGGCGAACAGUCUGGCGGAUGUCUGCACAUCCACCUAUGCUAGUUCUGUUGUCCCCAGUAGCCCCCUCAUGGGUAUCACCGUUGACACCUCGUCCGUCACUGCGAACCCCGUCUACAACUACAGCUCCAGUGCUACGGCGUUCUGGGCGGCCUCCACCUUCGAUUUCUGCAACGUCACCCUGUCCUAUAGCCACGACGGGCUCGACGACCAGGUUCUGCUGCAGUUCUGGCUCCCUGCCCCGGCUGACUUCCAGAACCGCUGGCUCUCUACCGGUGGUUUCGGUUAUGCCAUCAACGGCGACGGUGCGGACCUGCCCGGUGGUGUCAUGUACGGAGCUGCCUCUGGUCAGACCGAUGGUGGGUUCGGCAGCUUCUCCACCGAAUUCGACGCCGUUUUCUUGAAGGCCAAUGGCACCAUUGACCGCGAUGCUCUCUACAUGUUUGGAUACCAGGCCCACUACGAACUGAGCGCUGUCGGAAAGGCCUUUACCAAGAACUUCUUCAACCUCGGCAGCUCCGAGAAGCUCUACGCCUACUACCAGGGUUGCUCUGAAGGUGGUCGUGAGGGUUGGUCUCAGGUCCAGCGCUUCGGUGAAGAAUGGGACGGUGCUGUCAUUGGAGCCCCCGCCAUCCGCUACGGCCAGCAGCAGCCCAACCACCUCUUCCCGGGCCUUGUCGAGCAGACCAUGGGAUACUACCCCCCUCCCUGUGAGCUCGAGAAGAUCAACAACCUGACUAUCGCCGCCUGCGAUGCACUUGACGGGAAGAAGGACGGUGUUGUCUCCCGGACUGAUCUCUGCAAGCUUCACUUCAACAUCAACAGUACCAUCGGCGCCCCCUACUACUGCCCGGCUGAGACGACCACCACUGUCCUCAAAAAGCGCCUCUCCACUAGCAACACCACUCCCGCCCAAAACGGCACUGUCAGCAAGGAGGGUGCCGCCGUUGCUGCCAGCAUCCUUGACGGCCUGAAGACUCUUGAUGGCAAGCGCGCCUACAUCUGGUACCAGCCCAGCGCGACCUUUGAUGACGCUGAAACGCAAUACAACUCUGAGACCGGCGAAUGGGAACUGGAUAUCACUUCCCUGGGCGGUGAAUGGGUCGCCAAAUUCCUCGAACUUCUCGACGUUGAUAACCUCUCCAGCAUGGAUAACGUCACCUACGACACCAUGACACAGUGGAUGGAACUCGGCUGGCAGCGAUACGAAGACGUCUUGCAGACCACCUGGCCCGAUCUCACUCCCUUCCACAGCAAGGGCGGCAAGAUCAUCCAUGUGCACGGUGAAUCCGACCCCAGUAUCCCCACUGGCUCCUCCGUUCACUACCACGAAUCUGUCCGUCAGCAGAUGUACGGCUCCUUGUCCUUCAACGAAUCUACCGCCGCCCUCAACGACUGGAACCGCCUCUACCUGGUCCCGGGUGCCGCCCACUGCUCCUACAGCAGCGACCAGCCCAAUGGCGGCUGGCCCCAGACCACUCUUCUCACCUUGAUCGACUGGGUCGAAAAUGGUGAGAAGCCUGACCGCCUCAAUGCCACCGUUCAGGAGGGCUCCAACUACGGCGAGCACCAGGAACUCUGCGCCUGGCCGCUGCGUCCGUUCUACGUCAAGAACGGCACUGAGUUGACCUGCGUCUUUGACGAGGCCUCCUACCAGACCUGGGUGUAUGACUUUGACGCCUACAACCUUCCUCUGUACUAG